UGGGUGGGACCGUUGUAGACUGAUCAUUGUUAAUUGGCUGUAGGCUGCCACCCAAUCAGAAGUUAGAAAUCAUGCUGAUAAUUUCUGGGUUAUUUUUUCCCUUUGGAUAAAAUAAUAAAAUCAAAUUUUAUUAUUUAGUAAUAAAUAAUAGGAUAUUGAUACAGUAAAGCCUUCAAAAAAUAAUUGUCCAAGACAAAGCAAACUCUAUUUUUCAAUAUCAACUUUGAUCAGCAGACUUGUGUAGCAUGGUUUAUUUGUAUUUAUGGGGUGUUAUUUGCUCCUAUCCAGCUGGUGGCGGUAAUGCACCAAAAUACUGAAACACGAAGAAGAUAAACUGAAAGUAAAAUUUUUUUUUUACCCACGUCUUUUCGGUGGUCGAUGACCAGGCCACAUUCUUGAACUGUUCCAAGGGCCAGAUCUGAUGGUCAAUGUAGAAGAUUUGGGUGAUGUACAGGGGUGGCAAGAAAUCUACCAUCCAUCUAACAAAAUUAGCUAGACAAUGGCCCGGGUGGUUAAAACAUCCGACAUGAUUCGAGUAAAUAAAUCGAGUGCUAAGAACGACAACCAGUCAGACGUUCAACAACAGAAUGUGCUUUUGGCACCAGUUUCAUCCUACUUCUCUAUGACAAGUAGCCAGUCAAUGCACCAUCGAAUGAAUGAAGGGAACACAAGAGCCAAGCUUGAAGCACCAUCUCCAGCUCCAACAUGUAUGUCAUUCAAAUCGGAGCAAUCAAAGGACCAAUUUAUUGGAUUUAAUGGGAGACCCAAGCUUGAAGCACCAUCUCCAGCUCCAACAUGUAUAUCUUUCAAAUCAGAGCAAUCAAAGGACCAAUUUAUUGGAUUCCAGCGAAGUGUGUUACAUUCAAGUCUGUUGAUGGAUGAUCAUUUGAAGUGUCCGGAGUGUAAAGAUGUACUGAAAGUGCCUGUGUCCAUCCCCUGUGGACACAGUUUCUGCAAAUCCUGCAUCCAAUCCUACUGGGAGAAAUCACCCCAUAAAGGAAUCUAUUCCUGCCCUCAGUGUAAGAAAAAAUUUAAACCUUGCCCUUUAUUAAGCCUUAACUUGGCCCUUAACAAUGUGAUCAAGCAGGCUGGGUUCAGCCCUGCUCUUCCUGCUCAAAACUAUGCUGGACCUGGAGAUGUGGGCUGCGAUAUCUGCACUGGAAAAAGAAAGAGAGCAGUGAAGUCAUGCUUGACCUGCAGCAUAGUAUAUUGUGAAAACCAUGUGAGGCAGCACUACACUGUAGAAGCACUGCAAAGACACACACUCAUUGACAUUACCGAGGAUCUGGAGUCGAGAAUCUGCCAGCUGCACCACAGAGCUCUGGAGGUGUUCUGCAAAACUGACCAGGCAUUCAUAUGUCUUGUCUGUGUGAUGGAGGGUCAUAAAAAUCACGAUACUCUGAUGGCCAAAAGGGAAGCUCAGGAUGUUAAGGCCAGCUUAUCAGACCUACAUGAAGAUAAAAUCAGGUCUUCAAAUGAGAGAACAAAUGAUCAAAUGCAGCAGAACUAUGUAGAGUUGACCGCAAAAGUCAAGAGAAUUGAGACAGAGUUGUCUCACCUAUCAAAACAAAUCUACAAAGGAUUUGAAGAUGUUAGUGAGUUUGUCGAAGUUGCUGCACUUGGUCGCAAGGUUGAACUUGGGUGGUUGUAUAACUUCCGGAGUGACUACCUCAGCUCUGAUGUGUUCUGGGACGAGGACAAAGUAUCCUCUAUGAAGGUGUCAAUCCCAAGACUUCACAAGGAUGUGAGAAUUUUAGAUAAAGACUCUCUACAAAACAGACUUGCCGCUCUGGACCUGAGUGUAUCUCUCAGGGCUAGUGUUGUAUCAGGGCUGGUUAAGAUGACUGGAGCUUCUGCAUUUAUUAAUCAUCUCAUUCAGUCAGAGCUGCAGGACAGAAUCACUGUGCAUUACAGAACCUCCACCAGACUGGACAUGAUCAGUCAUGACCUGCUACACGAUGGAUUUCCACUCUCAGUGACCGACUCGACCACAGCAACACACGUGGUUGUAGCUGUGCUGUACGGAUCUCAGGCAUUUUUUGUCUUUGAUAACAAGAAGGAAACAAUUCCUGAAAACACAGAUCUAAAAGACAUAAUCAAGAAGGUCACUUCUUCCAGUCAGACACAUCUGAUCUCCAAGUUCACUGAAAAAGAAAAAAAAGCUGCUAUGUCAUGUGUUUGUGCUGCUUUUAUUGAUGGAGAUGUUCUCCAAAGUACUUUGGAUUUUGACACAGCUGUAAAUCUAUAUAACUCACUUGAAACUUCAGGAGAGGUCCCUCUUAAAUUCUGGCUGUACCCUUUGAAUAGUCUGGACCAAACGUCAUCUUAUGUUGUUAGAAAUGUUAAUGAAGAUGAAUUACUUAAUGCCGAGAAUGUUCUGGAACAUCUGGGGAGACAAAUCAACUUUUGUCAUAAUACAAUGUCUAUUUUCAACAGCCAUGAUGUAUUUACACAAUUUUCACAUGUAAAAGACACUCUGUGUGAGUUUUCUUCACUACUGCAGCAAUACCAGUCUAUUUUUCAGAAAAGGCUGGCAUUCUGUAUUAAGACCAUACGAGAGGGAAAAGAAGUAUUGGAAGAAUUUCUAAAAACUAAUGCUAAUUCACCAUUUAGCGUAAAUAAAACACAUCAAUGGCUCCUGAACAAAAGCACUGAAAUUAGGGCUUUGAUCCAAUGCAAAUCUGCUAAUGUCACUAUUGUAAAAGGUCAAAAUGACUUACAGCACAUUGUACAAGACUGCCAAGCAGACAAAGUUUUGUGUUUCAUUCUGACAUCACUGGAGGGUGAAGAUCCAUUUCUUUCAGCUCUAACAAAUCAUAUUUUAGCAUUGAACACAGUGAUCAAAACAGAGACACAGCAAGCAGUCAUGGUUUCAGAAACAGAUCAGAAAAUCCUCUCUGACCUUGAAUCAUUUCUUUUAAAUAAGGAGGCAGAUGAGAACACACAGAAAACCAUGUUUGUUGCUGCAUCCGUACCUGAUCCAUGUUUCCUUGGCUCUGCUAUACAGCUUUACCAGAGUGACAGGUUAUUGAGAGAAAAGCAACACCUUGAGCUUAAGGUUGAACUCCCUAAAAUAAUUGCUGUACAGCAGACCUAUGUGACAAUCAAGUUGCAAACUGCAGAACAUUACAGAGUGGAGUGCAGAUCAGUUAGGAAAGAUAAAAGCCAUGAUGUGAAAUGGAGAGUCGUUGUUUGUUCUGAAGAGAAUUGUGUGGUUAAGGGUCUUGUGCCAGGGACACGCUAUCAAGUCAGAUGUGCUCUAAUGACCAGUGAUGGCAUGAGUGACUAUAGUGAAAUUGCAGAGUUCCAGACAGUCUCCAAACACCGACCUGGACCUCCUGAAGUGCUUAAACCCAAUAAGGAAUCUCUCUACAUUGCCUGGCAGAGGGCAGAAUCUGAUGAAGACUCCCCUGUGCUCUGCUACAAAGUGGAGUAUUUGGAUGCAGGUCUGGAGGGUUGGCAGUCCAUUCAAACUGAUGGACCUGUAUGUGAAUGCACCAUAAAUCUUCUACACAGCAACUGUUACAGAUUCAGAGUCUCUGCUGUAUAUGGAAAUGGAGACAUCAGCAUUCCAAGUGAGGAAACAGAAAUUCCUGUACAUGUCUGGAAAAUAAACCUUUCAAAGAGAAAAGCCUCUCUUCUUGUAGAGCUGCUAAAAUUACAAACUGUAAUGAAACCAGUGGAAAUAACAGGCUGGACAGACGCUAAGAUUGAAAUACAGAGCUUAUUUCAGUGUCUACGCUAUACCACCCAGCUGAGUCUAAGUAGUGAUGUGAUGGUGAAAAUGGUACAUAAUAUGGGGACAAUAGAAACUGGUGGGCCAGUGACACUCAGGGAGCUUUCAAUUGUCGAGAGAAGCACACAGCUGUCAAAUGAAGCAGCAUCCAGGAUCCAGAGCAGCUUGGCUUCUCUCCUGCAACUAUGGACAAUAGAAUGUCUAGAUCUGACUGAGUACAAGAUGGAGGUCCAGUCAUACACUGUGCUAAUAAAUCAGCAAGCCCCUCUGUUCAUUAGAUUCUCUGAAGAAACUCUCAAGAAGCUGGUGGUGAUGGUCUAUGAAGCUCAGGAUGAAGAGCUUACUCGCUGUUUCCUGCAAAAAGUAGACGGAGACCUGAUUUCCUGCUCUCUGGCCUGGGAAGUGAUUCAUUAUUUCCUGCAGUAUCGUACUGUUACUGUGGAUUUCAGAAGAAGCACAAUUAAAGAAGAAAAUAUCUGUGACAUCCUGCCUUUGCUAAAUAGAUUAAAGCUUAGAAGGUUGAACUCCAAUUUUUUCCUGUCAGUCAUGAAAGAGAUCUGCAAGACUGGUUCUGUGCAAUUCGUGUCCAGCUUGUUGGGUUUAGCAGAGAACUGCAUCAAACUGGAUAACAGGAUGCUAAACUCGGUCGACUGCGCUGCACUGCGCUUCACCCUGGAGCACAGCACGAGCAUCUCUCUCAACCUGCUGUGUGCUUCCAUACCGGAGGGGGAGCUAGAGAGCACUGUGCCGCUGCUCAGCCAUGUCUCCCAUCUAAGGGUUGACAGGCUGCUGUUGGUGAGACUACUCCACUGCUGCAGUGCUCCAGACCUUCAAAAAGAGACAUCAAACCUGCUCACUGCUCUACAUCACAAGCUUGACUUCUCCUGCCAGAAUUCCCUGGACCUUACAGCAGACACAACAACAUACAUUUUAUGUGCUGAGGAUUGCAAAGUUAUCUGCAUGGCCAUUCAGGAAGCUCAUGAAAAAAUAUGUCUGAUUCUGCAUGACUGUGAGAUAGAGGAGGCAGGAGUGAAGCAGCUUUUCCCCAUUCUAGACACAGUCACACUGCAAUGCAGUGAUGCCCUGCUGCAUAAACUUCUGCCCUCUGUCCCUGUGGAAGCGGAAUUAAAGUCUAAGGCUCAGAGAGAUGGAAUGGACCUUGGUCCUGGCGCUGUAGAUAACUGACACUGGUUCUGAAACAUUCUGAAGAGCUGUCAGUAAUUUAGAUGAUCUAAUUAUAAUCAUUCUACUAAAUAGAGCAAAUCAUUUAUUUAUUUUUUAUUAUUUUAUCAUUGAUUUUCCAAACCUUUUGGGCAAAUAGUCCCAAACUGAUUUUAUAGAUUUUUUGUGACCCUUACAUUUGUUUUUUCAAUUCCAGAGAACUAUUGUAAUAUUUGAAUGUCAGUAGCAUACAUACUAAUGUUUACAUUUAAAAUUGUGUAAUGUUUAAAAUUGUGUUUACAUUGUUACUUUGGGUCUUCAUAUGGGUCGGGGCUGGUUCUAGACAUUGGAUGCAAAAUUUAUAUUGGAGGCCCCCUGGCCUCAAGCAGUUAACACAAACAUAAUUUCUAACCUUUUUAUUUACACAAAACCUGUUAUCAGUACUUUUAUGUAUUUACCUAAAUGUGCAUAUUAAUUCAACUUUAACUAAAGUCAAGACUAAAAUUAAAUAUAUAUACAGACA